AUGCUCCGUGAAGAGCUUCUUCGGUCCAAGAAUGAUGAGAUCGCACGUUGUUUGGUGUCGCGGAAGCGCAAACUGAGCGAGCUCUACUUUGCGACCGUCGGCUUCGCGGGCGCGACCGAGAACACUCCGCCCGACUCGCUCCUCUACCACCAGAAGGAACAGGCGUUCCUCGACGCCAACGAUCUAUCCAAGGGUCGCUAUUUCAACGAAGCUACUCUUCCACCGCUUCCCGACUAUGCAGCGCUGAUCCCUCGCAGCUCUGAAGAGUCUCCGUCGCAGGUCGAUUCAGCUCCAAAAUCAUCCAAUGCCGCCCUCAUCAGUCCACCGGGCGCAGAGGCUCCGGCCUCUGCUUCGCAGGCCGUCGCGCGUGGCGAUGGAGAGAAAGCAGCGACACUACAGCAAUCGCAACAAACCGUCGCCGCGACCGGACCAGAGCCGCAGAAGGAGGGACGUGCUUCCAGUCAACCCGCACCCGGUAUCACUCCCGAAGGAUCGCAGGGCCUAGAUGUGCCGACGCCUGGUGCGACUCAACCAUCCGAUUCGCCUGCUUCUGAACAAAAACCGAACCAAAUCGUACCAGAAAAGGACCAAGGCCAGCGAGCGACCGAUGCCAGCGUUCCUCCUGCUCAGACGAAGCCCGUUCCAGUCGGGGGUGUGCACUCAAGUACUACGGAGGUACUCUCGACACAGAAGAAGCACGACAAGCGCCCUUCCCUUGCUCUUGGUCGCUCUGUGCAGGCGUCAGACCAACCGCUUUCUCCGGUCUCCUCGGCGGGCCCCUACUCCAACAAUACCCCUAUUCCUGUUACGGCUUCUCCUGACACCAGUCCGGCCGAAGAAAUGGUUGAGCCAACGGAGAAGGUUGAACCAACACCCAAGCCUGAGGAGCCAGCCUCGGCACCUCCGACGUUAGUGCCGUCCACACCCGAUGAGCAGCUUCGGUUGGAAGAGGCCCAGUCGCUCCAGAAGGACACCAUUGCGGCCAGUAAGGCCAUCGGGGGUAGCAGCGCAGCCAUGCCGUCCACGAACGAAGUCAUCCAGGAGAAUGUUGAGCCAACACCCACAGACUCGAAACGCUCGUCCCAGCCGACGCCAGUUCUGGUGCCUCCCGUAGAACCUGAGCCCAAGCGAGCCGAUGGCGUGGUUGUGACUGCUGAGGAUACCCAGGCGUCGACGCAGCCUCAACCUGAUCAGCCCUCUGAAGUCGAAACGCCGUCCAGGACUCUGGAGUCGGUUGCACCUGCCCAGAAGAAGUCUUCAUCGUCCGCCCAACCAGCGCACCCGGAGAGAAUGACAACUAGAGUCUCGUCCGGCGCUAUUCGGCAUAAGUCUGUGUCAGAGAUUCUUGGUGAGACGCCAAAGGCCUCCCCACCAUCCGACAAGGGACAAGCUGGCGAGAAGACUGCGGAUUCGACACGGUUGGUGUCAGAUGCACUGCCCGAGUCUCCCGCGAGGCUGCGCUUCAAGGAUAGAAAAGCCCGGGAGAAGGAGAGAAGCAAGCCGUCCACAGUGGUCUUCCUUAAACAACAGCAACAGCAACAACAGCAAGAGAAAAAUGACUCGAUGGAUCUUGUUCGCCAGGGAGCCGGUGACUUGGUGAAACUGAAUGAGGAGCAGGAUUACCUCUUCACCCUGUUCCAGAACAAAGCCUAUACACCACCUCGUGGCACGAGCCUCAGCACACUUCUCGCCUCCUCUCAUAAGACCCUAACAACAGCAAAUCACUUCCUUGACUACCAGGAGCAGAUGGACUGCCGUACCUUGCGCCGUAUCUACCAGCUGCAGAACGCGAACAGAUGGCCUUUGCGCCAGCUCAAACGCUCGCUGGAGCCCCCACGUCAGGGUACUCACUGGGACGCUCUCUUGGACCACAUGAAGUGGAUGCGCACCGAUUUUCGGGAGGAGCGGAAAUGGAAAAUUGCGGCAGCCAAAAGUUGCGCCGACUGGUGUGCAGAGUACGUCCAUAGUGAUCCAGAGCACCGGUCUCUACUCCGUGUCCCGGCCAAGAUCCCCCGUCCGAAACGUGAUGUGAAGUCUGAUCCUCCUACAAACAUGAUUUCACCUCCAGAGGAGACGGGUGAUGAGAUGACUGGCAUCUCCCACCCCACUCCCGACUUGGUGCCCUCGACCGAGGAGGAUUCGGUCAGCGAGGGCUUCAAUGAUGAACCUCGCCACGAAUUGCACGAUACUGUCGCACCUGCAGCAAUCUUCUCGCUUGGUUCUGACGAGUUCACGUUUUCCCUUGAUAUGACCCCCGCAGCGCAGAAGCUCCUCGAGGAACUGCCUGUUUACGAACCAGUGAAGAUUGCCCCAGAGUCGAAUCUGCCGAUGUUCAAAGAACCCCCGGACGCGUCGUGGAAGACGGAGAUCCUGCCAGUCUCCAAAUACGCAUUUGGAAAGAUCAAGUUCCACGAUGACGAGCCUCCUCGGAAGCGCAGCCGUUAUGACUAUUCUCAGUAUGAUUCGGAUCCAGGACAUCGCGUAUUGGAUUUGCCGCCGGAGCAAACCAAUGUUGCACUCUUCCAGCCUGAAAACAAGCACAUCCGUGACCGGAUCCACCCCGGACAUCAAUUCAGACCUCCCACUGAGCAUCCCAUGCCAUCCGUAGGUUUCUUUGAGUCGAGACAGUCGUCACAGUGGACAUAUGCGGAGGAUGAGGAACUUCGUCGGCUUGUCAAGGAAUAUUCGUAUAAUUGGUCGUUGAUUUCCAGCUGUCUUACUCCAUCGUCGCAGUUCACGUCCGCGGCAGAACGACGAACACCAUGGGAGUGUUUCGAGCGCUGGGUCGGGCUUGAGGGCUUGCCGGCUGAUAUGUCCAAGACUCAGUACUUCCGAGCCUAUCACCAAAGAUUGGAGACAGCGCAGCGGACUGUCCUAGCACAGCAGCAGGCUGCUCAGCAACAGCAGCAGCAACAGCAGCAACAGCAAGGCAACAACGGCCAGUCGAUGCCGCCGAUCCGCAGGCGCACGACGCAGCCGCUCCGAGUUGACAGGAGAAGAUCAUCCAAGCACCUUGCCUUGCUCGACGCUAUGCGGAAGUUGGCCAAGAAGCGUGAGACGAUGCUUCAGAAACAGCAACACGCCUCGCAAUUAGCUUCCCUCAGGAAGGCCAACGAAGCCAACCAACCUAAGCCCCCGAUCUCGUCUCCCGCAGAGUUCAGUCGACUCAAGCAUGAGCGCGAACUGAAGAUGCAAGAGAGACACGAUCAGUUCCGGGCUCAAAUGAUGGCUUCGAGAGCAAAUGCUGCUCGUAAUGGCCAGAUGCCAAAUCAGCAAGGAAUGAUGAAUGGUGCUCCCGCACGCACACCCAAUGCUCUUCCUCAGAACUCCGGAACUCCUGCCGUCGCAGGGAACAAUACCCCAAAUCCGGUGCCUAACGGAGUCCCUAACGGUAUGCCAAACGGAAUGCCGGCCGGUGUGGGUGUCAACCAGGGACGCCCACAGAUGCAAGGGAUGCCCAAUACUGGAGCAAUGAAUAGUCCGAUGCCUCCGAAUGCCAUGGCCAUGAAGAUGAUGCCGCAGUCUGGAAUGCAGCAGACUCCCGGUGCUCGACCGGGCAUGCCUAUGCAGACGUCUCCGGAUAACGCUCGAGUCAUUCGGGAGGCCAAUCGUCUCCAGGAGCAGCAGCGAAUCCUCCAGUCAAGACAGCAGCAGCCACCACAACCCCAACAACCUCACCAACAACAACAACAACACCAACCCCAACAGCCUCAGCAGCAAUUUCAUAAUCAGCAGCAGUUUGUGCCCCAGGGCUCUCAUUCUCCCAACAUGAAUGUGCCAAAUGUCAACGGCACCCCGAACAAUCCCGCAAUGAUGGCGGCUCUUCAAGCUGGAGCCGGGAUGCAAAGCCCGUCCUUCCACAAUGCUACCCCUCAAGGCGUUUCUACCCCUUCUCCUCGGAUGGGACAGCCUAACCUCCUAUCGAGUGGAAUGGUGCCCACGAUCAGUGGCUUGCAGAACCAAAUUCAGCGAAGCAACCCGAAUAUGACGCCAGAGCAGGUCAACAAACUAGCCACAGAGCGCCUGCACCAGUAUCAGCAGCAGCGCAUGUCACAAGUUGCCAUGAAUGCGGCUGCGGGCAACAUGGCUGCAGUGCAAGCCAACUACCAAGUGUCGGCGCAUGAUGGUAACUUCCAGGCGUCCCAGACAGGCAUGAAUGGCGGUCCGAGAAUGCAGAUGGCCCAGGCCCAAGGGUAUUCGCCUAUGAUGCGCGUGCCUCAAAAUGCUCAGCACAACCGAGUCGGCGUUGGAGGGUCUCCAGCUAUGAAUGGAGCCGUCCCGCAGCAGAGCCGAAGCGGGACUCCGCAGACUCAGCGCAGUGGGAGUGCCCAAGCCGGUCCUAUGCCGGGGUCGAGCAAGAGCCCCAAUCCGCAAGCCCAGACUGCUGGGAGCUAG